AUGACUUCCUCGUACUCUAUAAAUGCAGUUCAUGGAAGUACCAUGAUUUCCAUUCUUUUCAAGAAAAUGAAAUCCAAAGAUCAUGUUUCUGUCAUAUUUGCAUUUCUUUUCAUCUUCUCCUCUGUCAUGGCCGAUAACGCAUCUCAAGAUGAGAAAAAGAUGGAUGUAGUUGAAGAAACAAAACAGCAAUUAGCUGAUCAGAAGACUGGCCAUGAUUUUGGUGGCGGAUGGGGUGGUGGACAUGGAGGUAGUUGGGGCGGUUAUGGAGGCGGUGGUGGCGGGGGUUUUGGACACGGAGGCAGCUGGGGAGGUAGUGGCGGUGGUGGACCAGGAGGCGGUGGGGGCAGUGGUGGUAGUGGUGGUGGUGGCGGCCAAGCAGGCGGUGGAGGCAGUGGCGGCAGUGGUGGUGGUGGACAAGCAGGAGGAGGAGGCAGUGGCCAUGGUGGGGGCAGUGGUGGUGGCGGUUGCCACUGGGGAUGCUGUGGUUAUCAUCACUGGACAGGGUGUUCCUGCUGCCAAAGUGCUGAAGAAGCAAUAGCCUACAUGCAGAAUGGAAGUCCUUAG